GUGUAUAGAUGAAUGGGGCAGGGCUCACAUGAGUUUAGUUUAUGAUGAUGUAAGAAGAGUAUUCAACAGUAAGGAGGAGGAAUGGCUCACGGUGGGAGAGUAAGGAGGAAAAUCAGUCCAGAAAGAGUGAGGAAGAUGAGACGGGGCAAGAGGGAGUGGCAAAACACUCCUAAUCCGGAAUGAUCCAGUGAGUCAAUCUUAGUCCAGAUUAUUCUACUAGUGCCUCAGUGUCUGUGGGACGGACAGGACACAGAGGCAGAGGAGUCUGAACAAGCUGCUGGAUCACUUACUCUCAUACACAGAAUUACUUUUCUUUUUCUGCUUCCAUUGGAUUAUCAUCAUCAUCAUCAUCAUACCCAGAGGGACAACAGCUGAGACACAUGGCGCUCCUGAGGUCAGGCUGGCUGUGGAGACAGACUUCUUACCUAAAACGCUGGAAGUUAAACUGGUGUGACCUCUGGAUAGAUGGGAGUCUUUGCUUCUACAAGACUGACAGUAGGCGAGAGUUGGAGCACCGCGUCAGCCUCAAGACAUCAUGUGUAGAUGUGAGAUCUGGCCUGGAAUGUGGAGGUGUGACUCCACCAGAGAGUAAUCCCAGGGAGAAUCUCAUUGUGGUUCAGCUCGCAAACGGCUCAACAGUCAAUCUGUGUGCUAACAGCGAGGACGAAUCCAUAGCGUGGAAACUGACUCUGCUGGACACCAGGAGAAACCCGGUGUUCACAUACGACCCAUACGAUGACUCCUACCAGGCUGUGCCCAUCAACAGCUACCAGACUGUCUACAUCACACCUGGAGCAGGACCAGGAACCCACCAGGUGAUCGUGCAGAGGGACCCGUUUGAUGGAAUUUUAGAGAACAUAGCACUGGGAUUACUGGCAGGCAUGGCAGCAGGGACGGCCAUGCGAUCCUUCCUCUGGAUGCCCUUCUUCUUCUGCUGAGAUCAUUAUCAUUACCAACAUGAUGACGCUGCACGCCGCCUGUGUGGGAGCCUGACAUCAGCAUGUGUAGAAACACCUCAUCUUUUGUAUCGUCUCUUUUCAGAUCAUGUCUGCUGUAACAAACAGCUGCUCCUCUGGUUGUUCCGUUUACUUCAUGUGCACUUUUGCAUAUAAGAAGCUGAGAAGGACGCUAUGUAAUUAUACAUUCCCCGUGCUUGUGUGUACAGCACACUGAAUCUAUGCAUGCGCAUCUGCAAACAUCUGGAAGGUAAUUUUGUAUCUGAAUGUUCUUCAAUCUGCUGCCUGAAUUUUACACUUCAUAGCUUGAUCAUAGUGUAGCCUAUAAAAGGAAAUAAACUGAUGUAUUUAAAUCACAAACAAAGCUGUAUUAUCAAUUUUUGAGCAAUAUUAUUUUAGUUUAACAGAAUCAUCCCAACUAAGGGUCGACUGACAAGCUUUUCCUCGAGCUUUCAACCAUAUUACAAGGUCUUCAUCGGUGGAUGGAGCUGCCUCAGUUGUCACGGAGAUAGAUCUGUUGAAACACAAACUGUUCGGACUUCAUCCAAAGCAUUUCUUUAAGGACGUCUAGCCUGAAUUGUGUUGACUUAAAAGUUAAAGAUCCAAAAGAGGCGACCUCUGCUGAUGAAGACUGUGUGAU